AAAGGAAAUGGCUUGUAUUUUUCAAAAGUGUUAAUGCCAUGAAACAUAAAGAAACAUUAAAUUAUUUUCCAGAUUAAAGGAGACUAGAGACAUGACAACUGCAUGCAGUGUGUUAUCUUGUAUUUUCUUUUGCUAUGAAGAGCAUUAUUGAGAGAUUUGCCAAAAUCUAAAUAAAGCCUGUAGAUUAGAAAAAAGCAUUAUACAUUUUCUGAUUUUCAUAGUUGUACUGUGGGCAUGUAAAAUAAUGUUCUUUUUUGGGGAAAUACACACAGAAGUAUUUAGCAGUUAAAAAUGCUGAUGGUUUUCCAUUUAAAAUCGGAGAUUAAAAUCCAAACCACUACAAGAUCUGACCCCGUGUCCACCUCUCUGAUUUCACUUCCUGUCACUCUCACCACUUAAUCACUAUGACAGGCCAUACUGACCCGACAGUUCCGACAGCCUUGGAACUGGAAUUAUACUCCCAUAACAAUCCCAAGUUUCAGUUUAAAUAUCCCCCUUUUACAAAGUAAUUCCCUAAUAAAUAGGUCUAAAGUUCAAACUUCCAUUGUCUCUUUUUUACCACGUGGUGCAACUAUUUUGCCUAUUUACUCUUUGUUGUCUAUUUCCUCCCACUAAAUGUAAACUCAUUAAGAGGGGAGGUCAUGUCUUCUUUACCGUUUAAAGAAUUUUUUAUUAUAGUUUAUGUACAAAUUCUUAAGUCUUAUCAGCAGUGUUUAACUGAAUACUGAGUUAAAAUAAUCUUCAGUCUUAUUCUUAAUUCUAUUAAGUAGUUAUAUGAAAAAGUACUAAUUCUUCUGUAAAACUCCGAUCUGAGCUCAAAGCUGAUACCCUUAGAGUCCAUCUUCCUUCCUGCUUGUGAGGAGGGGUGGAUAAAGGGGACGCCAUCAAGAUAACUGGGUUACAAUCAGGACGUCAAGCGUGGAGACGCCUCCUCUACCAUUUCCUUUGGCCUUUGGAAGAGUAUAAGAACAUCUCUCCACUUUGCUUUAAGAAAGAAUAGGGAAGAAAAAGCGAAGGAGAAGAGAUAACUCCUAGGAAACAGACUGGAGCAGCUUUUCAAGCAAUUGGAAGACUCAAAGUCCCCCGACAACCCUCCGGAGAGAAACCGAAGAGGAAGGAAUCAGUCCUGCUUAACCCGACCUCCGCUGCUUCUGCACAGGCGCGUUGCCCGCUACGCGCAUUCCCCACCCCCUUUCCCCACAAUUCUCUGUUCUGUGGGUAAGGAUCCAGGAACAAGCCACAGAGAGGAAAACUAUUGGUUGGAAGAACAGCCAAUGAGAGAGCCUGUUACUAGUCUGCGUACUGAGGUGUGAGGGGUUCGCUUUGGGCCUGAAGCCUUAGGCGGCCUGGUGGUUUUAGCACGAUGAGCUCAAUCGGCACCGGGUAUGACCUGUCAGCCUCUACAUUCUCUCCUGAUGGAAGAGUUUUUCAAGUUGAAUAUGCUAUGAAGGCUGUGGAAAAUAGUAGUACAGCUAUUGGAAUCAGGUGUAAAGAUGGCGUUGUCUUUGGGGUGGAAAAAUUAGUCCUUUCUAAACUUUAUGAAGAAGGAUCCAACAAACGACUUUUUAAUGUUGAUCGGCAUGUUGGAAUGGCAGUAGCAGGUUUGUUGGCAGAUGCUCGUUCUUUAGCAGACAUUGCAAGAGAAGAGGCUUCCAACUUUAGGUCUAACUUUGGAUAUAACAUUCCACUAAAACAUCUUGCAGACAGAGUGGCCAUGUAUGUACAUGCCUAUACCCUCUACAGUGCUGUUAGACCUUUUGGCUGCAGUUUCAUGUUGGGGUCUUACAGUGUGAAUGAUGGUGCACAACUCUACAUGAUUGACCCAUCGGGUGUUUCGUAUGGUUAUUGGGGUUGUGCCAUUGGCAAAGCCAGGCAAGCUGCAAAGACAGAAAUUGAAAAGCUUCAGAUGAAAGAAAUGACCUGCCGUGAUGUUGUUAAAGAAGUUGCAAAAAUAAUUUACAUAGUACAUGAUGAAGUUAAGGAUAAAGCUUUUGAACUAGAGCUCAGCUGGGUUGGUGAAAUAACAAAAGGAAGACAUGAAAUUGUUCCAAAAGAUAUAAGGGAAGAGGCAGAGAAAUACGCUAAGGAAUCUUUGAAGGAAGAAGAUGAAUCAGAUGAUGAUAACAUGUAACACCUACUUCAGCAUCUAUUUUAAAUUUCUAAUACAGUCCCGUGUAUUAUUCAGCCCUGUGGAUUACUAUAUACCCACUACCAGUUUUCAUUAAAUUCUUGUCUUAUAACAAUUGAAGUUUGGUUAAUAUCUGACAAAUUGUUGGAGAUAUCUGAGCACUAUUUAUUCAGUACUAGAAUGUAGAUUUGUGCCUCUUUUAAAAUUCCUUAAACUACUGCAAACAGAGGCUUUGGAAUCAGAUUAAUUCAAAAUCCCAUUUCAUCACUCAUCUAGGAAUCUAAAGAUCAUAUCCUGUAUACAGAAAUACUUACAAACUUAGCAGGCAGUUAAUUGAUGCCACUACCCAAUUUUGUUAUUUACUGCCAUGACUGCUGGUCAUCAGCCAUUGUUAACCUUUAGGUGUAAUGCAUGAAGAAAGAUGUUUUAGGUUGGAGAGUCAAGAAUUUUGGAGUUCUCUUACAACAUAGUGGGUUAAGGAUCCAGUGUUGUCACUGCACUGGCUUGGGUCACUGCUAUGGUGUGGGUUUGAUCCCUGGUCUGGGAACUUUCACGAGCCUUGGCUGGGCGUGGGGGGGGGGGGGAAUGAUCCACAAAACCCUAUCACCUGUCACCUAGGAAAUUUCUUGAUCUGUAAAGUUCAAAUAAAAAUAGUAUUUGGAGUUCCCUGA